GGGGACGGAAAAUGCGAAUGAAGCCAUCGCAGAGCAAGCUGCUGCAAUUGCUGCUAUGGAUACCACAUCAUCUUCCAUGAGUCCCGGACAUGUCUGUACCCUGGAACAUUAUUACAGCCUUGCAAGAAAGGUGUUGGCAAGUGUACGAAAAGAAUACAUAGCUCAACGACAUGCCGAUCAUGGUGGCAAUACGACAGGGAAGGUGGUGCUUGAUAGCCAAGCUGAAGCAGAGAUUCGUGAAAAGGCGUACGCCACCCUCAAUGAAGCCAUACUAAAGGUAUUGGAAGCGCGAGCCCCUAGCAUGCCAAAAGAACUCCAUUCAUUACGUGAUCAUGGUUUUUUAGCUUUAGAACGGAUUCCUGGAUUAUUGAGGCAGGCGGCGUCCGUAUUGCAGCUAAGAAAUCUGCCUGUACGUUAUUUUGUCUUUCAUAGCACCGGGGAACAGGAGGCGGAUGAUUUAGAUAGAAAUGAUUUAGACAUUUUAUCAUCUGGCGGGCCCGAUGCUCACACGCCGGGGACUACACCCAACUCCUCUAUGAAUGUAGCUGCCCCCACACUAACAAGCGGAGUCUUUUUGGCAGGUACGGCCAAUUAUAAUGUUAAGCUUGGUGAGUGGCCUGGACAUCCGCAGCCACCUCCCCCACCCUCCUCCACAUCGUGGACAGAAGACACAGUGCAGAACGAGUAUUUCUCUUUAUUGCAUCGUCUGAAGCGACACACCAUCCGUGUGGCACGCACGACACUUUUUGACACCUUCAGGGGAGCCGAUGAAUUUCGUCAUGGCUUCAAUGCGGCAGAAGCGCUUGGUUUGCAGCAACUCUUUGGGACGGCAAAACUUGUGGAGGAUCGUCUCACCUCCGUAUUGAACUGCUACUCCAUCCCGCCCUCUGCCGUUAAACCGGUGCAUUUUGUAGAGGCGGGUCACUCAUGUGGUAAAACCUCCGUGUUGGAACGUCUUUACAAGCGGAUGUCUGAAAACGGCAAGAAGGCCAUUAUUGUGCGUUACACUGGAGCCACGAUGCCAUUUACCCCUGGUUUAGAUGAUAAUCCUCUUGCAUUUCCCUCUCGCUUUUGGUU